AUGGAUUCGAUUUCGAAUGUGAAUGGUGCGAGGGUUAGGGAUUUCAUUGCUAAGGAAAUUUCUGAUUGGGACGCCGAAGUUAAGAAUGACUGGUUUAAUCGUGGAGGGUUAACCCCUCUGUGUCUUGAUAAUGUACUGGUUAGUGUGUAUGAGUCACUACUCCUUCUCUUUGAGUUAUGUGACAUUACAAGAACUGUGGAUCUUGCGGAUCCAUCGAGUGGGCGAUUCUCCCAACUAGUUAGAAGAGUGAGUACCUUGAUAACAAGACCAGCAGCUCCAGAUAUUAUGGCUGAACAAUGUGUCAUCGUAACGGCUAUGCUUAAGGAUAAGGCUUCUGAAGUUGUCAAACAUCUAUCUGAGAGUCACUGGAAUUCGUCUUGUAUGGUCACAAUGAAGAAAUUUCAGGACGUAUGUGGAGGGCAGGAUGAGGCCUCUGUAAUAUUGAGGUAUAUGUCUGGGUGUAGAACAGCACAGUAUCUGUCAGUGAACAAGAAAGAUUUUAUAGAGGGAGUAAAAGUUUCUCUUUCAGCUGGAGCAUUAUCUAGUAUGACUGAUUUAGAUUAUGAUGUAUUGCACCUGAUUUGGACAACUGAGAAGCUCCAGCAGCAACUGGAUGUGACUGACAAGCGUUAUGAAUUGUUGAGAAAAUCAGCAUUGGCUUCUCUGCAAUCUGGGAAGAAAAAAAUGGCCCUUAGCUAUGCAAGGGAGCUGAAGUUAGUCACCCAGAGUAGAGAAAAAUGUUCAUCACUUUUGAACAGAGUAGAGGAAGUACUUGGUGUUAUUGCUGAUGCCGAGUCAACAAAAAAGGUUGCUGAAGCUAUGCAGAUUGGAGCUCGAGCUAUUAAAGAAAAUAAGAUCAGCGUGGAAGAUGUUGAUCUUUGUCUAAGAGAUAUCCAAGAGAGCAUUGAUUCACACAAGGAAGUUGAAAAGCUGCUAGAACAAACGCCAUCAUACGUGGAUUUUGAGGAUGAAGAUAUUGAAGAGGAAUUCAAGAAGUUGGAGUUGACUGUUGGGAAAGAGGCUCAAGUUCCUACCCCGGAGAAGACAAUUAAAGCAGAGGGAAGAACAGCUUCUGAGGCUGCUGAUUUUAUUAGCAAUGCUUUCUCAAAUCUCAACCUUUCUGACCAUCCAGCUGGGAAGCCAGGAAUUACUCAGUUGGUGUCAGAUGGAGACAAAAUAACAAAAAAAUUACAAAUGGAAGCUGUGUAA